AACGUAUUGUUUUGUAUUUAUUGUAGAAUCUCUGUUCUGGGUGAUGCUCUUUCAUCUCCUCAACUUCCUUUUCCUCUUCAUACCCCCAACCUCACCCGGAGCAAAUUGAAACUGUGAAGUUCUAGGACAGAAAGAAACUGCCAUGCAUGGAAGAAUGCAGUGAAUGAGAUGCUCUCGGGCGUGGUGGUCAUCAGCGGGAAGGACCCCGUGCAGCACCAGGGCCUCUCCCUGACCGUGGAAGGCACCGUGAACCUCCAGCUCAGUGCCAAGAGCGUGGGAGUGUUCGAAGCUUUCUACAACUCCGUGAAGCCGAUCCAGAUUAUCAACAGCACCAUCGAGAUGGUGAAGCCGGGGAAGUUCCCCAGUGGCAAAACCGAAAUUCCUUUUGAAUUUCCUCUGCAUGUGAAGGGCAACAAAGUUCUGUACGAGACCUACCACGGCGUGUUUGUCAACAUUCAGUACACCCUGCGCUGUGACAUGAAGCGGUCGCUGCUGGCCAAAGACCUGACCAAGACCUGCGAGUUCAUCGUGCACUCGGCGCCUCAGAAGGGGAAACUGACUCCGAGUCCCGUGGACUUCGCCAUCACGCCCGAAACCUUGCAGAAUGUCAAAGAGAGAGCCUUGCUCCCCAAGUUCCUGGUCCGAGGACAUCUGAACUCGACCAACUGCGUCAUCACGCAGCCGCUCACGGGCAAGCUGGUGGUGGAGAGCUCGGAGGCCGCCGUCCGGAGCAUCGAGCUGCAGCUGGUCCGUGUGGAGACCUGUGGCUGUGCAGAGGGCUACGCCCGCGACGCCACGGAGAUUCAGAACAUCCAGAUCGCCGACGGGGAUGUGUGCCGGGGCCUCUCGGUGCCCAUAUACAUGGUCUUCCCCCGGCUGUUCACCUGCCCCACGCUGGAGACCACCAACUUCAAAGUGGAAUUUGAGGUUAACGUCGUGGUGCUGCUUCAGGGCGACCACCUCAUCACCGAGAACUUCCCACUGAAGCUCUGCCGGAUGUAGCCGGAGGGAGGAUGUAGCCGGAGGGAGCACGGAGGUGCACGGGGGCGCCCCUGCCGGAGCCGGAGCCGGAGCCACCGCAGGCCCAUCCUCGGAUUCUGGGCAGAUGUGGACCUGACCCCUUGGAUCCGGUCACCUCCUUCCUCGUGUCCUCCACGCUCCUGCUCCCAGCGGCGCCUGGUCAGUCCUUUCCUUUGAAAGUCAUCGGGACUUCCCCGUGUUCUUGGCCAGAUCAUUUCCUGUGACUCCCGCCUUCCGGCUGCUCGUUAGGGACUGAGGACAUGUCUGACCACGGUGUGAGCUUCGCUGGAGUCAGGUCCUGGGGACCUCAGGGCCAGGCCUGUCUGACUGGGUUGUGCCGUGGCCGGGACUGCGAGCCCAGAGCCGCUGCCGACGGGGACAGGGACGGGGAGCUCCUGGCUGGUGGCGCCCGCAGAUGCGCUCCCGGAGGGGUGCCGAGUGGCCGCCACUGCAGGUGUGGGCAUGUAUUCCGCGCUGCCCUGUGGUUCUCCCACAUUUUUCAUGAGAGCUUUAAAGUGUUCUUGCUGUCAUGGGGGUGAGGGAGUUGGUGACAAUGGCUGAAGUAGUGAGUCUCAGGAACUGGUAUGACAUCUGGUGCCACCAUAUUCCCAGAAUGCACUUCCAUGCCAGCCUAUGUGAGGGGCACAUAUGUCCAUGCCUGGUGUUGGGUGCACUGGCUGGUGCCCUGGACCGAGGCACCCGGCCUCUGCGACCCAGAGACUUGUGUCAGCCAGACCCCUCUGGUUCAGGGUGUGGUGAGCCCGUUACACUCAUUGCCCACCCCCCGCCCUGCCCUGCAUCCUUCCCCCAGCACAGUGAACAGUCCUCAGAAGCAAACCCUGCGCUCUGCAGGCCGCCUGGCCUUCCCAGCCUCCCUCCUGGACGGGCUCCGGCCGGGCGGGCGGCCCAGGCUGGCGGCCAUGGUCCCCGCGGCCCCUGGUGACGAGAGGGGCUAAGGGCCAACAGCCGGCUCAGGCUCAGCUUCGUUGGGGCCGUCGGUUCCCGCAGAGGACACUUCUGCUUAGCCUCCUGCUAUGCUCACGUGACACCAACAAUGACCUGUCUUCGAUGAUGUGUCCACAGUGGCAGAAAACAGAGGCUAUCCUUUUUGGUAAAUUUCAAAGGUAGAAAUCAUUUUUAAUGAAUAAAAAGCUAAAUGAGAAUUUUGAAAAAUGGUUUGGGAUGUGUAUUGCUAUAAAUUGCUUUACUAAACCAGUUUAUGGAUACAAAUAUUACAAGUGCUUCCUUAGGGAGUAAUUCUUACCUGAAGAGGAUCCACAGCCCAUUUCCUUCUGCCCAGGCGUCCCAGGCAAGGGCCUCCGGCUAGACAUUCCCUUCUUGGCCAGACACCUGCACCAUGGUUGCUAGGGAGACGCGGAUGUUUGGGUGUCCUGGACAGCAACCAUCUGCUGCCGCCCAGGCUGGCGCUGGGCAUCACUCUCAGGCUCAGGGGUGUCAGAUUCUCCCGUUCGGGCACGAGGAGAGGAGGAGGCAGGGAGUCGGAGCCGUGAGUGCACUGUUCUGGAAAGGUCCGUGUGGGCGGAGCACCUUCUGGCCGUCAGAUCUCCAGCAGGAUUGGGCACAGUUCCCAGCCACGCUGAGCUCCAGAGCAGGCAGAGAGGAAAGCAGAAUAAAAUGUAAAAGCCGAA